AUUACUUACCAAAUAAACCCUUUAUUUUUUGGUCAGGUUUUUGCUUGCACCUAGGCCUUACGUACAGCUAAAGUUUGAAAUUACUCUAAAAAGAGAAAGGGACUGUAUUUAUUUGAAUUCCGCCUUUGUGCCUAUACAAGGCGAGGCAUAUUUGAGAGAGAUUAGUUACAAUAUUGCAAGUAGAAGUCGAAAAUGGAGAUCCGAUUAGCGAAGCCUUUUGAUCGGAAACAGAAACACUCCUAUGAGAGGACGCUUCAGAAUUGGUUGAAGCUGAGGGAAUUGGAGGAAGCUGAGCGUUUCGAAUCCCAGCCUAUCCGCUCUUCCAACCAGGAGACGGUCACGAUUAUAAUUGAUACUGGAGGCUGGCCACAAAGUGACUACGUUGUACCUAAGGAAGAAGUUGCAGGUUUUGGGAUUUUUGAUGAAGAAUUGGGAUCUAUUGUUGAAAAUCCUGCCACUUCAACCAUCAAUGGGCUUACUACUGAUAGUGAUGGUGAAGAAUUGGGAUCUAUUGUUGAAAAUUUCUCCAUCGAUGGGCUAACUACUGACAGUGAUGGUGAAGAAUUUGCAUCUAUUGUUGAAAAUCCCUCCAUCGAUGGGCUUUCUAGUGACACUGAUGGUGAAGAAUUUGGAUCUAUUGUUGAAAAUCCCUCCAUCGAUGGGCAUACUACUGAUAGUGAUGGUGAAGAAUUGGGAUCUAUUGAUAGUGAUUUGCUGGAUCGCAGACAAGAGAAUUUUUGUAUUUACUUUCGAGACGCACUUACUGCGGUCCUUUUAGCAUGUGCUUUAAAGGGUUCUUUUACUCGUGCAAACAAUCUACUCUCUUCCUUAAAGAGUCUGUCGGCUGAGGGUGCAUGUAUCCCUGACCCUACAUGGGAGUGGACCCCACACGCAUGCGAUCAACCUUCAUGUGAAAUGAAUAAAACAUACAUCGGAUACAUGGUAUAUUUUUUUAUGGUUAAAUGGGCCCUUUUGGGUGAAAAUUGAUGAGGCCAUGUGUUUUCUCUCCUCUCACCAAAAUUGUAUUUUUCUAAAUUGGAGAGAAAAUUUAAAAGAGAAAAAUAGUUGUAAUCAAUGACUAAAUUACCCAUUUUCUUUUUAUGUGUUCGA